AUGCACGCGACAUUCCCAGCCUGGAUACCACAGCGAUCGUCAACCGUGCGAGCAUUGUUGAUAUUGACGUCCAUCGUUACCUCUACCACAUUGGGCUACGAUGGCUCAAUGAUGAAUGGCCUGAACAUUCUGCCCUCCUAUACCGACUACUUCGCCCUCAACACGACGACCACAGCCUUGAACACGGCCAGCGUGUGGGUUGGCGGCUGUCUGUGCAUUGUGUACUCCAGAGUUCCUGACUGGAUUGGCCGGAAAUGGGCGUUGUUCUAUGGCGCGGUGAUCACUAUCAUUGGCGUCAUUCUCCAAGCGGCUGCCCAGAACGUAGGCAUGUUUGUCUUUGCGAGAUUUCUGACCGGCUUCGGGACGGGAGCCACUGCCAUUGCGGUACCCGUGUAUCUUUCAGAAACACUUCCAGUGAAUUACCGAGCCUGGGGACUUGGACUGGUGUAUGACGCCUGGUACAUCGGCGGCCUCAUUGCUUCUGGGACAACAUAUGGCACGGCAAACUUCCAAUCGACGUGGGCAUGGCGGCUGCCAUCCUUGCUGCAAGGAGUCUUCAGUGUUCUUUGCAUCGUCAUGCUGUUCCUGACGCCCGAAAGUCCUCGCUGGUUGCAGAGCAAAGGCAGGACAGAUGAGGCAGUCGUUGCACUGGCCCAGACACAUUCGAACGGGGUCGUCUCAGACCCGGCAGUCCAGCAUCACCUUCGUGAGAUCAUCGAGACCUUGGAAUUUGAGAAGUUUCACAAGCCUCUCGCCAUCAAGGCUGUGGUCAGCGAUCCAAGUAGUCGGAAGCGUAUUUUCCUCGCCGGCACAGUCGCUGUCUGCACCAUGCUGAGCGGGAAUAACAUUGUCUCCUAUUACUUGGGAACUAUGCUCGACCAGGCCGGCAUCACGGACUCGACAACUCAACUCGAGAUCAAUGUCAUCCUGAAUGCCUGGUGCCUUUGCGUUGCCAUCGGGGGCACAUUCUUGUGUGAUAGAAUGGGCCGCAAGUCGAUGGCGAUCCUGUCGACUCUGCUCUGCGCCAUCAUGAUCUUCAUCGUAGGAGCACUCACCAAACUGUAUGGCACAUCGACAUACACGCCUGGAGUUUACGGCACAGUUGCCGCCAUAUUCCUCUUCCAAGGCAGCUACAGCGUAGGCUGGACUCCACUAUCUGUGCUCUACCCGCCAGAAGUGUUGAACUACAACAUUCGGAGUGUUGGCAUGGGUAUCUAUACCUUCCUUGCCAAUGGAUCCGGCUUACUGGUCACCUUUGCAUUCCCGUUCGCUCUGGAUGAUAUUGGCUGGAAGACGUAUAUGAUCAACGGAGUAUGGGACUUUGUGCAGAUUGCAGUCGUGUUUUGGACUUGGGUCGAAACGAAGGGCCGGACCUUGGAGCAAAUUGACGAGAGUCUGGAUGGUCAGAAGGUCGAAGUCAUGCAUGGCCUGGAUCCAGAGAGCCUUGGGGGAAAAUCUGGUGUUGGUGGAUGGGAGAGUGAUGAAGGGAAGAAGAGCAAGUCAGGAGGUGUCGCUGAGGUCACUGCCGUCGGUUGA